AAAUAAUCUAUUAUAAUUUUUAAUUAUAUAAAAUGUUUAAUAGUGAUCGUAAGAAGGGUAAAAUGAUAUUGAUUGUGACUUGCAUUUUAUUUCUGUAUUAUACUAUAUGGAUCAUUGGCUUACCAUUUAUUGACGACAACAGAAUACGAUCAUUUUUUGGUUCUUACAACAUUGCAUUAAUGUUUCCUGCUAUUUUGGGCUUAUGUUUCAUUGGAGGAUUAAUAUUAUUUACUAUUUAUCAUGUUAAGCCAUAUUAUUCAAUUUAUAAAUCAAGUAAAACUCAUGAAUCAUAAUAUUUAUAUAGAUAGAAUUUUAUUUUAUAUUAAUAAUUUUUGUUAUAAAACAUUUACAUUGUAUGUUUUAUUAUUAAUUAGAUAGGGAAAUUAAUAUGAGUUACGUAAUAUUAUUCAUAAUACGUUAGUUUAAAAUAACCUAUUCUAAGAUACAAUAUAAAUAACACAAAUGAUAUAAAAUGUCUUCAAAAAAAUGGUUUGUAAUUGGUAUUUCGGGUACAACAUGUAGUGGAAAAACUUCUGUAACUACCCAACUUCAUGAAAAGUUAAAAAACUCAAUAGUGUUACACCAAGAUAAUUAUUUCUUGCCGAAAGAUGAUCCACGGCAUGUUUUGGUAAAAGAACUUAAUCAUUUUAAUUGGGAAUUAAUAACUAGUAUGGAUAUGGACAAAAUGUAUUCAGAUAUCUUACAAUUAAUCGAAUCUUUUCCGAAUGAAAAUAAUUCUUCCGAAAUUAUCAACAAAAAUAUAUUAAUAUUAGAUGGAUUUUCGCUUUUUAAAUGUAAGGUUAUUUCAAAUUUGUGUGAUCGUAAAUAUUUCAUAACGUUAAACAAAGAACAAUGUUGGGAGAGAAGGAAAGAAAGAAAGUAUGAUCCACCAGAUGUUCCUGGUUAUUUUGAAAAAGUUGUAUGGCCAGAAUAUUUAAAACACAAAGAUGAAUUAAUGAAAGACAAUGAUUUGUAUAAUACAAUAACAUUCAUUGAUGGAUCAAAAAAUAAAAAAGAGAUAUUUGAAAUAAUUUUUAAUGAAAUAAAAAAAUUAUCAUAAGAUUUUAAUUAUUAUUAUUAUAUGUUAAAGAAAAAACUACAAUAAAUAUAUACCAUAAAUUAAUUUUAAAUAUUUAACUAUCAUUUAACAAAAAAUGAUAAUGUUAUAAGUC